UCAUGCCGGGUUGCAGUGAAAGGAUUUGAUACUCUGUUUUAUAGGUCAACUCCUUCGGGUAAAACGGGACAAUCGGCAGGACAAGAUGAGUGUACCGACUUCUGCUUUAUUAACAGUAUUACAGGUUUCCGACAGUGUUUUUCCAACAGGAGGAUUUGCUCAUAGUCUGGGACUAGAAACAGCUGUCAGACAGAAAAUAUUGAAGACACAAGAUGAACUUAAAAACUACAUAUUGUGUUCCUUGGAAAACUUUGGAUCGUUUUGCCUGCCAUUUGUACGAGAAGCUCAUGAUGCAUACUUGGAGAGUGAUAAAUUGAUAGAACUGGACAGUUUGUGUGAAGCCUGUACCGCAAACCAUGUGGCUAACAGAGCAAGUGUCAGACAGGGGCGAUCACUGUUGGAUACCAGUAGCAAGGCUUUCCGUGUGGAGCAGAUUCUGGAGUUGAAGGGGUCCCUGGAGUACUGCCAUCAUUCCGUGGUGUUUGGCUGUGUGUGUGGGGCUAUGGGGGUUGACCUGUUCACCACGCUCACAACCUACCUUUUCAGCUCUCUACGCACAGUUGUCGCGGCAGCAGUCAGACUGGACCAAAUUGGGGCAAUCCAGGCACAAGUUGUCCAAACAGAACUGCAGUCAAGAAUUCCAGAAAUCCUUGAAAGGCACCAGAGUCGCAGUACAGACGAGACCUGCCUAUUAAACCCCCUGGUGGACGUUUUCCAGAACACACAUGACACCAUGUUCUCCAAACUCUUCUAUAGCUAACUCUCCAAGGACAAUCAGACAUCAGCCAUCAGUCUCCUCCACACAGGUUGUGUUGCCAGCUCAAGGUCAUUGUGAAGUUCAUACUGAAAGUGAAACAGGAGAGAAAAGGUGAUUUUCAAACACAGAGGAUCACUACUGCAAGUCUCAUUUAUCCAGCCAUCACUAAUCCAAUUAUAACACUAUCCACGCUCAAUAUCCAGCCUUCACACUAAUCCAUUUCUCCUGAAGUGGGUUUAUGAAAUACUAUAAAUAUAGUCUUAUUUUCUGCACAUUGGUAACAAUUUUCAAGUAACAUGCAUCAUGAUUUAGCGCUUAGGUAACACCUUACAUGCAGGAAUAUAGCAGUGAUAUCAUGUUCAGUGGUCAUCAUAACUAGAAUUAAAUUAAUAAACUGUAUUUUUCCAUAUAAUGUGAUAUCUUUGUGUGUAGUGUUAUUAUUGAUAUCAUGGAUAUUCUCUUCAUACAUGUACUUCUAUGUUACACCAUUUUGUAAGUUUAUGUCAAAUGUUAUAAAAUACAUCACUUAGUUAACGUAUUGUUCUUGACAUUUUUGUACUAAUCAGGGGACAAAUAUCAUAAUUCUGGACCAAAGUUCUUGAAAGUUUAACGACAAAAACAAAAGGACCUUGGAUCUCCCAUGUCUGAUAACUAGGAUGGAUUACUAAUAAACUCAACCCUAUUUAUAAUCCAGCCACCACUAAUCCCAUUGUUCCUCCCCAGCCAGUGUUUCAGGGAACAGAUAGUCGUUUUCCCUGAAUAUAAUUACUCCAGUUACCCUGUCAUUUAACGAACCAGACACUUGAGCUGGAGAUGAAGUUCGCUGAAUUAUCGAGACUGUUUAAAACAGAACCGUAGAAAAGCAGAGAGACAGUGGCGAAGGACCAAAUUAACCGUUCACCAACAGAUUUAUAGGGAACAAUGUCAGAUAUACCUACAGUGACACAGAAAAAUAACACUGUACAAAGAUAUAAGUUUAAUAACGCUAUUUAUUGACAACAUAAAGUUAACAGCUCGUUGUUGCGGAUCCUCAAUGAUAAAGUGUAGUAAUGUGAUGGUACAAAGCUAACAUGAUACACAGUACAUAUAACAGAAUAGAGCAUACACUGGUUUUGAUAUAACAGCCAUUCCUUUUUUUAUGAUAAAGAUUCAUCAGUUUGGAGUGAUACACUGCUAAGAAGAAAAAUUUAAAUUAUGCUUAAAUAGUCGGAGUGUACCUUAUCAUCACUCCAUACUGACAGGUACCUUUGUCAAGGGGACAUACAAUAAAUACUUUGACACAGUCAGUGUUGAAAUGUUGUGCAAGUUUUUUUGAUUUUUUUUCCUCACACAUCAUAUAAGUAGCCAUCCCUCUUCAAAGACCUUCACUGUUAGGGUUAUCAAUCAUACCAGUCACCAGCGAUCGACCAAGUCCUGUCGACCCUGGACCUCCAAACUCGAGAUCGCUGCUCUAACCAAUCCAACUACCUGGUCACCAGCGAUCGACCAAGUCCUGUCGACCCUGGACCUCCAAACUAGAGAUGGCCGCUCUAACCUAUCUAAUUACCUGGUCCAUUGCUGGUGACCAAGUCCUGUCCACUAUAUUCCUCCCUUCUUCAACAAAGUCUUUGACCAGGACUCAAGCAUUUGACCUCUGAACUCUUUGAUGGAUAAUCUAACCAAUUGAGCUACCUGGUUGCUCGCAAUCGACCCAGUCCAGUUCAGCUACACAGGUAAGACCAUAAAUUCUUCAGAUCUAUUUUCUUUCCAGAGAGUCUUUUAUAAGACAUGAAACAUUAACGAGGUUGCAAAUUCAACACAGAGCAUAUACAAAUAUUACACAGUUUGUCAUGUAUAGUUUUGUUGAUGUCUAUGUUAUGAGUGUACAGAACAAAAUAAAACAGAAACCGGACGAAAAUCAAAAACUGAAAAUACAAUAAAAUAAUGAAAAGAAAACGAGGAUGGUAAAAUGAGGGAUACGAGAAGCACUAAUAUUCUAUAGCACAAACAGUACUGUUAUUUUACUUCAAAAUAUUAUAUAUAAUAGUUAUUGCAAACUUUUGCUUCAGUCGUUACAUAAUCAUAAGGCUAGCAUUUUACAUCAUAUACAACAUACGCAGUAACAAUGGUUAUUAUACAAAAUGUCACCCAAUCUUGUCGCUUAUACAACAUACCCAUGAUAUUGACAAUGUGAUCAUGACUUGAUUAAACCUUGUAUAUUGUAAAAGUAGAAAUGUUUGCAGUGUUGAAAUGCGAGAGUUUAACUCAUUGAGUAAAUUAGUGCGGAAAUAUGCCCAAACAAAUAUUUAUUUAAAGAUUAUAAACAAUUAUAUAAAAUAAAUAGACAACAGAACCAUUGCCAACAGGAACAUAUAAGGGUCACAAUACAAACAUUUCCAUAUGCAAGAGUUUCCACUUUUACGAUAACUCGUGUCUACAAUUUCGGUUGUAAUGUAUACAUCUCUAUGUUAAUUGAACCUGUUUAUUCAUGGUAGUGUGUCUGUCAAUAACUGAAGUACAACAUCUCUAUGUUAAUUGAAUCGGUUAAAUCAUGUUACACUCUACUCUGUACAGAAGGAUCUAGACCCAUAUUGAUGAAACCAUUCUCAUGCUCAAACGUGAUAAAGUGAUAAAGAAAUCCUAUUUUGUCAAUAAUAUGGUAGAAUUUUGGAGAGACUUUAAGCCGAAUACUAUUUUCAAUGAUUCCACUUGACUUUUUUACCGUGUUUUAUGAUUUAAGUGAGUUGGCUUGAGCACAGAAUUCAUGCUUGAGCAUGAGAAAGGUUUCAUGAAUACAGGCCAAGAUGUCUGAAGUACACAGGUUCCACUGUAAAAUCAUAAACUUCAAUCCAUGAUGACUGAUUUAACAAUAUAUAUAUAUAUUUUGUAGUAAAAUAACAUUGUCAAUUAUAGUUGGUUUUAUUAAUAAAUAACAAAAUGUAUAAGCAUGCUAAGCACUGGUACAUGUUGACACAGGGUGAUACAAAUAAGUUUAAAAAUCAUACA